AUGGGAGCCAUCUGCUGCAAGCCCGAGGUCAUCGACUUUGACGGGCCCGUCGAUCUGUACCACUUCUACCUCCUCCGCGCUGUUGGCAAGGGCGCAUUCGGCAAAGUCCGCGUCGUCCAGCACAAACAAACCAAAGACCUCUACGCGCUCAAGUACAUCAACAAGGCCAAAUGCAUCAAGAUGCGCGCCGUCUCCAACAUCAUCCAAGAACGUCGGUUGCUCGAGGAGAUCGAUUCGCCCUUCGUGUGCAAUCUGCGGUAUGCGUUCCAGGACGACGAGAACAUGUUCAUGGUGCUCGAUCUGAUGUUGGGUGGCGAUCUUCGGUUCCACCUCGACCGAACGGGCAAUAUGAGCGAGAACGUGGUCCGAUUCUACGUCGCCGAAUUGGCGUUGGGGUUGGACUACCUGCAUCGACUGCAGAUCGUCCAUCGCGAUUUGAAACCGGACAACGUGCUGUUGGACGAAAAGGGACAUGCGCAUCUGACGGAUUUCAACAUUGCCGUCCACUUCAGCCCGCGACGACCGCUGACGAGCAUUGCGGGGAGCAUGGCGUACAUGGCGCCCGAGGUGCUGACCAAACGAGGGUACCUGUCUUCGGUCGACUGGUGGUCUCUCGGCGUUGUCGCGUACGAACUGCUCUUUGGUCGACGCCCCUUCCGUGGCAAGACCAAUUCCGCUUUGACGCACUCCAUCUUGAACGACCGCUGUACGUUUCCGGAGAACGUCGAGACCAUCGUCUCGCGCGAAACCGUAUCCUGCAUCAAGAGCCUCCUCGAACGCGAUCCACGCAAGCGUCUCGGCUGUCGUUCGGGGAUCGACGAGUUCAAGACCCAUCCCUGGUUCGCAUCGCUCGACUGGCCCGCGAUGGAAGCCAAGACCGUCACCCCGCCCUUCGAGCCCGAUAGCAAGAAGGCCAACUUUGACGCAACGCACGAACUCGAAGAGCUGCUGCUCGAGGAUAACCCGUUGAAGGCCAAGAAGAGGGGUGGCGCGGACCUGGACAGUUUGCCACCAGAGAUGAGGCAGAUGGAGGAACACUUUGCGCCGUUCGACCAUCUCAAGCAGAGGAGGAAGAGCUAUUUCAGAGGCACGAAGAGUGCACCAGCACAGGGAGUGGAGGGGGUGGCAGCACAGACGUCGGAGCAAGAGAGGAGUCAGAUCUCGAGUGCGACGCAUACGUUGCAGGACCAGCCGCUGGCCGAUAUGACCAGUGGCACUCCGGGGACUGCAGGAGGCGCGGGUGAGGUAGCGGGCAGAUCGAUAUCCCGUUCCGCAUCAGCAGCUUCUGCGUCCGGGUCGGCGUUCGGUGGGGAGAGGUACAACGAGAAGGACUCGUCGUUGGCAGUACCGGGAAGUUCAGGAUUGGCAGGGUCGUUCCCCAAACACUCGUCGCCGUUGAGCCAGCAGCAGUUUGGAGCUGAGGCGAUGGGGGAAGAGACAUCCGCGUCCGGGGCAGCGGCAUAUAUGCAGAGGCAGGAGUUCGACGAGAAGGCGCCCCAUGCUGCGUAG